AUGACCAAACCAAGUUCCUCACAAAUCACCGCAUUACCAUCUUCGGCAUUGCAACCACAAUUUGCCGGGAAUCUUAUUCAAAGGCUUUUAGCUCCAAUUAAUACAAUUAUUUCCCAAGUAGCUGGAUUCAAGGUGAAAGGACGUUUGAAGAGACGUUGCAAGGAUUGCUAUUUCGUUAUCAGAGAUCGUCGUCAUUAUGUCAUCUGUCCAACACAUCCGCGCCACAAGCAAAUGUCAAUGAAGAAGCGUGACUAUAAAACUUGGAUCUUAACUGAUGCAACCCAAAGUAAAGUGCGUCCUUUUUAA